AUGUCUGCCGUUUUGCCCAGACUAGGGCUGCAUCUUCCCGCGAAAGUUGAGCCGUUGAAGCAUGAGCGGUCUUUGCUGAAGAAGCUCCUACUAACUAGUGGAAGUAGGCACGCAAGCUCGGUAGCGCUGAAAACACAAGAUGUGUUCACAAACUUCCCCUGCGUGGUGACGCGGAGCCAGCUGACGCGCCCCAUUCUGGAAGAGCUCCAGCGAGAACCGAAACCACUGAACGAAGAACGGCGCGCGAAAAUGACGCGCAAGCAGUUGCGUCAAGUAAGAGAGGCACGCGAAGAGUUCCGGAAGCGCUUAGACCCACGAUCCGACCACGAGACACGAGAAGUGAUGGCCACGAUUCAGAUCAUGUCGUUGGAGGACGUGCCUGGCGCCCUGCCCACAGACUGUAGCGGGGACCAGAUCCUAACCUUGUACCGUGAGGAAGAGGGUCAAGUGUAUUUUGACCCGAGCAGUCACAUGUUUGGGCGCCGCGUAGAUGCCCGGAUAGGCGAGAACGAGGCGGAAUACCACGCGGAGCUGCUGGCAAUGUGGUUCAUGCAACUGUUCCAGUUUCUGCAACAAGCUGGCGCAGACUUUCAUCCGCUGUCGCCACUACACGCACUUUUCAAC